GCUGAGUCAAAUUUUCACGCCGGCCUCUGUGUGCGAUGUCUACGGGCGAUGAGCUUCACUGUUUUUUGUCAGGUAUAAAAUUUCUCUUGAGGUCCUACAACAACAACUGGGUAGAACCGCCUACAAGCAGCGUCCCGUUAGCUCUACCAUGUCGCGUCCAGAACAGCUCGCACCGCCAGAGAUCUUCUACAACGAUUCUGAGUCGAAGAAGUACACUUCCUCGACAAGAGUUCAGCACAUCCAGGCCAAGAUGACGCUGAGGGCCCUGGAGCUGUUGAAUCUCAGCUCCACGCCACAUUUCAUACUGGAUAUAGGGUGUGGUUCUGGGCUAUCAGGCGAGAUCCUUUCAGAGGAGGGCCACGUUUGGUGUGGGAUGGACAUUGCGCCUUCGAUGCUUGCCACGGCGCUCGACAGGGAGGUUGAAGGUGAUUUGUUUCUGGCUGAUAUUGGUUCCGGUGUACCGUUCAGACCGGGUACUUUCGACGCUGCAAUAAGUAUAUCCGUGAUACAGUGGCUGUGCAAUGCGGACUCGUCCAACGUGGACCCCAAAUGGAGGCUGAUGAGGUUCUUCAACACGCUGUUUGCCAGUUUGAAGAGGGGAGGUAAGUUCGUUGCACAGUUCUAUCCCUCCGAUGACGGCCAAAUAGAUGCGAUCCUUUCCAGCGCAAAAGUCGCAGGGUUCCAAGGUGGACUGGUCAUCGACGACGCGGAGAGUAAGAGAAACAAGAAGUACUAUUUGGUGCUGAGUGCGGGCCAAAGCUCAGAGUCCUUGAAUCUGAACGGGUUGACGAUGGACGCACCUGUCAACGAUCACGAUAAGAAAAUAGGCAAAAAGAUGAAGAAGAAGAUGGAGAGCAAGAAGCACUUCAUUCACAGAAAGAAGGAGCUGAUGAAGAAAAGAGGUAAGAGCGUUGCGCUCGAUUCCAAGUUCACAGGAAGAAAGAGAAGACCAAGGUUCUGAUUAUAUAAUUGCGAUUAUAUAAUUAUAAUUAUAAUUAUAAUAUCAUAUAUAGCAC